AUAGGACCGAAUGAAUCCUUGAACAAAAACUUCAAAGUUAGUAGAAAAGUGAAUAUAAAUAAUUAUCGAUUACUAGCGAAAUAUAAACAGAAUAAGGAUUCAAAUAUUACAGAGUUAGAUGAAGAUAUAGAAAAAAAUGGCGAUUAAGGUGAAAAAGCUCUAUAUAAUAAUGAAAAGGUGUUAAGAGAGAAAAGGAAAAAAUCUAAAUCAUAUACAUUAAAUAAAGCACAAUUCUAAACAGAAGUUGCCGAUUAUAAUAAUAUAACUUUUGACGGAAUAUAUUUUCAUUUUGCAAAGAAGUUGUUCAUGAAAAAUGUUUAUGAUUAUUUUGUAGAAAAAAACAGAAGAAUUAGAAAUAAAAUAUAAUUUAGAAAUUACAGAUUUGGAACUGCUAUAUUUUUUUUUUUUCUUCUAGUAGGAAUAAGAUUUCCCAUAUUACGUGUACUUGAGUUAUCAGGUAAGCAUGAUAAAUAUACGCCAUUCGAAACUUGCUGGAAUUUUAUAAGUAGAAUACUUAGAGGUGAAGUAAAUAGUUUAGAAAUAAAAUAUUUUUAUAUAAUAGCAUUCGGCGUUCUUAUGAUUAUAUUAGCUGUAGUACUUGUAAAAGCGAUUGCUAAAAUAUUACAAAAUAAUGAAAAAUAUAAAAAAAUAAAGUUCAUAGAUGUAUAA